GAUAGGUCAGUUUACUAUCAAAACAAUAUAGAUCAUGAUGUUACUUACUCCUUGAAUACUUUAAUUUCCAGGUUUUCUCUGAGAAUAUGGGGAAGAAAUCAGUGCCCCAUAUUACAGACUGCAAUCAAGGGGAGAACUGGACCAUAAUCACCUUCAAGCCAGAUCUUGCUGGGUUCAACAUGACCUACCUCGAAGAGGAUCACGUGACGCUCAUGUGGAAGAGAGUGGUUGAUAUGGCAGGAAUUCUAGGAGACUCCGUGCAAGUUGAGUGGGAUGGCGUGAGGCUGCGUAUAAACAGCUUCAACGAUUAUGUGCGCCUGUAUAUCGAUUCCCCUGUCAGUGACAGAUCAGGAGCAGGGUUCCCAAGAGUUUACGAGAAGUUAAAUGAUUGGUGUGAGGUCUGUUUGAGCCUGAGUGAUGAUGGACACUUUCAGCAGGUCAGCUUUGUAAAUGGAUUUGAGACACUAAAAGGUGGAACCCAUGUUGAUUACGUCACGGAGCUGAUUACCACCCAUCUGAUGAACCUUCUGAAUGAGCACUAUGAGGAGUGUAACUUCAAUGUAGAUGAUGUGAAGCGCUAUCUAUGGGUCUUCCUCAAUGUGAUCAUAGACAACCCUACCUUCGAUUCACAGACCAAGGAGACGCUAACUACACCUCCAGGAAGGCUUGGGUCAAAGCUUGAGCUUCCUAAAAGUUUCUCGAAAAUAGCUUUUGGCAAUGGUCUUAUCAGGCGUCUGUUUGGCUACCGUGGCCCGCUAGAUGCAAAGACUGGAGUUUCAUCCAGAGACUAGCCACUGACUGGAGUUUCAUUCAGAGACUAGCCACUGAAGUUGUUAGUUCAGAAACACAUGUCAGAAUAAGAUAGUUUGUGCAUUUAUGUGGGAUUAUGUGUAUAUAUACAUGUUUGCAUCAGGAACAACAAAUUUCAAUGGUGGUACCUUCCUUGUCGGUAGGGUCGAUCUGCAACCUCCAAAACUCGCAAGUUCAAAUUUGAAUUAGAAAGCUGAGGUAACUGUAUUUUGGUAGGGAAAAUUGGUUCUAUAUUAUCAUCCGAUAAAACGUAUCUUAAGAAAUGUUUUUUUAAGAUGCGUGUCAUGAUGUUGAAGAAGGUGUGUACUCUUU